AGGUUGGCGUCUCUCCCCACCACCAUCUGGAGCUUCCUCUCGCUCAGACGGCUGGACACCGCCCAUUUCAAAACCCAGCCACGAAAAGGCCAAAAGCCCGCACGCGGCCACGCUCCCACUUCUCCUCCCUCCUCCUCGUUCUCCUCGCCCUCGCGACGAUUCUUUCCUUCCACUCCAAGCAAAGACACGCUCCUCUCCUCGGAUCCGCAUCGCUUCCGAUGGCGCCGCUCGGCGCCGACGCGGUCGCAGCGGCGUGGGCGGCGUUGCGGGCGCGCGCGGUUGCCCCGAUGCUGCGGGCGGCGGUGUGGGCGUGCCUCGUUAUGUCGGUCAUGCUUGUCGUCGAGGCCGCCUGCAUGAGCCUCGUCAGCCUCGUGGCCGUCCGGUUGCUGCGCCGGCGCCCCGAGCGGAGGUAUAAGUGGGAGCCGAUGCCCGGGGCCGCGGUGGGGGACGACGUGGAGGAUCCUCCGCUGGAUUGCGGCGAGUUCCCGAGGGUGCUCGUGCAGAUCCCCAUGUACAACGAGAAGGAGGUGUAUAAGCUGUCCAUUGGAGCUGCGUGUGCUCUCACAUGGCCACCAGAUCGUAUUAUAAUCCAAGUCUUGGAUGAUUCCACAGAUCCACUAAUCAAGGAACUAGUUGAGCUCGAAUGCCAGGACUGGGCCAGUAAGAAAAUCAACAUCAACUAUGAGGUUAGAGAUAACAGGAAGGGAUACAAAGCAGGAGCCUUGAAGAAAGGCAUGGAACACAUAUAUGCGCAACAGUGUGAUUUCAUUGCUAUCUUCGAUGCAGAUUUUCAACCUGAAUCUGACUUCCUGUUGAAAACUAUACCAUUUCUUGUGCAUAAUCCAAAGAUUGCACUUGUGCAAACACGUUGGGAAUUUGUGAACUAUGGUGUUUGCUUGAUGACGAGGAUACAGAAGAUGUCACUGGACUAUCAUUUCAAAGUCGAGCAGGAAUCUGGUUCAUUUAUGCACGCAUUCUUUGGUUUCAAUGGCACGGCUGGUGUUUGGCGUGUAUCUGCUAUUAAUGAAUCCGGAGGAUGGAAAGAUCGCACCACUGUGGAGGACAUGGACUUGGCUGUACGGGCAGGCCUCAAGGGAUGGGAGUUCUUGUAUGUGGGUGAUAUAAGGGUCAAGAGUGAACUGCCAAGUACAUUCAAGGCCUAUCGUCAUCAACAGCAUAGGUGGACUUGUGGUGCUGCCAAUCUCUUCAGAAAAAUGGCAUGGGAAAUCGUGACAAACAAGGGGGUGUCAAUAUGGAAGAAAUAUCACCUUUUAUACAGCUUCUUCUUUGUGCGGAGGGUCAUUGCUCCUAUCCUGACAUUCUUAUUCUACUGUAUUGUUAUUCCAUUAUCUGCCAUGGUUCCUGAAGUUAGUAUUCCUGUAUGGGGCCUGGUCUACAUUCCUACUGCAAUUACCAUCAUGAAUGCCAUUAGAAAUCCUCGGUCGCUCCAUCUGAUGCCCUUCUGGAUUUUGUUUGAAAAUGUAAUGUCCCUGCACCGUAUGCGUGCAGCUCUAACUGGUUUACUUGAGACUGCACAUGCAAAUGAUUGGGUGGUUACCGAAAAGGUAGGAGAUCUGGUGAAGGAUGAUCUUGAUAUACCACUCCUGGAACCACUAAGGCCCACUGAAUGCGUGGAGAGGAUUUACGUCACUGAGCUCUUGCUUGCGUUCUACCUCUUGAUAUGUGCCUCGUAUGAUUUCGUUCUUGGAAGCCAUACAUACUACAUGUACAUCUACCUUCAGGCCUUUGCAUUUGUCAUAUUGGGGUUUGGUUUUGUUGGAACAAAAACUCCAUGUUCAUAGAGAAGUUGUCACCAUUUUCCAUUUCAGAAUUUGUUCACAAAAAUGCAAUCACUAUUUUGUGUCCGAUGAAAGAGAAGCUUGAUUUGAUCUUCUGAUAACAGCAAUCUAUAUGGAAUUGGGACAUUCUUCUUAGCAAGUAUAGGUCUAAAUUAUACAGAAUGGUACAUUAUGUUUUUUAUAGUGAGAAUGGUAGGGGCAUUUUGGUUUUAAGGGUUUCCUGGAAUCCUGUUUGUAUUAUAUGUCUAUUUUGCAAAUAAAUGGUUAGGUUGGAUCA